AUGCUGUUGAUAUGGAGGAUUGAGACCCGCGUACAGAUGUUCGCCGGCUGUUGAAGAUCUGUGGAAUCUUCAUAGAUAGUGAUAAGACACCGUCAUGCUCGAGUUGAUGAAUUGUGAUGAGAGAGCCUAUCAAUUAUCCAGGAAGGCUUACCAGGACUGGACACAUGCGAGAAGAAACAUCACUCGUUGCAGGUACGAAAUUGAUCUGGACGAUGCAACCUGUCACUAUGCAGAAUCCAGGGGGAACAAUGCGGCCGACAUCGUACGACGGAGAGAUUUCUAAUCUUUAAAGAAAUGGCGGCAUACGAGCGGUAG